UGUUUUUAUGAUAUACACAAAAGGUUAUUUCUAUACGAGAGGCUCUUUAUUAUCUUUAUAAACUAUCUUUCGAAUUUAUUUCGAAGUAGAUAAUUUUCUUAAAGCUUCACUUAUUCGUUUCGGUAAUUCAGAGAAGCCUUGUAUUUUUUGCAAACCCCAUUGUCGUUGGUCCCAAUUUUAAUAACACCGUUUUCUUCCUCUUAUCCCACGUUUCCUUAUGUUAUCUGAUGGUAUUAAGGUAAAAUGUUUUCACUAAAGAUGAUCAACAUAUAAAGUUCUGAAGAUUAAAAUUAACUUCAUUAAGCUAUGUCAGCCUGUUAAUACAUUUUCCUUGGAAUUGAGAUUAUUUACUGUAAUACCAAAACCAACAACAGAUGGAAGGCUGUAGUAACAGUAUCAACAGCAUAUGCAUGACUGCAGCUCUUUUGUUACAACUACUGCUACAGUAAAAGAUUAAUUAGACUGAAGAUAUAAGGACUAAAAACUUCAUCAAGCUGCUGUCAGCCUGUUUCUGAAACUCUUAGUUGAAUGGAUGUGAACUAUUUCCUUGGAAUUGAGAUUGUUUGCAAAAAUUCCUACAUAAAUGUUUACAGGGAAAUUUUCUUUAUAAAUUAAUUUAGAAAGCUAUACUGUGAACUUUUAAUAAUUUUAUACUUUAAGAAUUUCAUAUCUGGAUAUACCUUGUUAAUUGGAAUGACUUUGAUAUUUUAGUUGUUGGCUGUCACAUGAUAAACUAAUAAAUCCCUUUGAAGUAUUUUUUUUAACAGUUAAGUCAUCAGACUUUACAAAGAAUAUCACACAGAAAAUUAGAUAAAAAGUAAAAGUUAUGGAUGAAAAAGCAGAACCCAAAAAUAUUGAUUCAUCAGAAGAGAAAUUACAUUCUUGUGAUAUAUGCAAGAAGUUAUUCACAACAAAAAAGAAUUUAAUUCAGCAUAAAUUAAUUCAUUCAUUCUCUAAUUUUUAUCAGUGUGAAGUUUGUGGCAAAAGGUUCACUGCAAACAAUUUAUUUUCUCUCCAUAAAUGUAGUCAUUCAGGAAAAAAACUGCACCACUGUGAUAUCUGUGACAAAAAUUUUUCUUCAAGUGGCAGUUUAUCUACCCACAAGCGUAUCCACACAGGGGAGAAACCAUACCACUGUGAUAUCUGUGGUAAAAGAUUCUCUCAGAAAGGUAGUUUAUUUACCCACAAGCGUAUCCACACAGGGGAGAAACCAUAUCUUUGUGUAGUUUGUAACAAAGCCUUCUCUGAUAGUCGUAGUUUAUUUAUACACAAACGUAUUCACACUGGAGAAAAACCAUAUCACUGUGAUAUCUGUGAUAAAUCAUUUUCUACAAAGGGUCAUUUAACUUGUCACAUACGUAUUCACUCGGGAGAGAAACCAUACCACUGUGAUAUCUGUGGUAAAAUGUUUUCUGGAAGUGGUGACUUGUCUUCCCACAAACGUAUUCACACAGGGGAAAGACCCUAUCACUGUGACCUGUGUGGUGAAACAUUUUCUAGAAAUCAUAAUUUAACUUAUCACAAACGUAUCCACACUGGGGAGAAACCAUACCAAUGUGAUAUAUGUAAUGAAGCAUUUUCUACAAGGAGUCAUUUGUCUUGCCACAUACGUAUUCAUACAGGAGAAAGACCUUAUCACUGUGAAAUCUGUGGCAAGACUUUCUCUCAAAGUGCUCAUUUGUAUCGACACAAACGUAUUCACACUGGUGAAAGACCAUACCAGUGUGAUAUCUGUAAUGAAAAAUUUUCCAGAAGUGAUCAUUUAACUCAGCAUAAACGUAUCCACACAGGAGAGAAAUCAUAGUUGUAUAUUUGUAGUGCAAUAUUCCUUUCAAGUAACAAUAUAUAUAUAUAUAAUAAAUGAAUUUUUUAAUGAAUAAUCAGGUGGUGCUCCAGCAUGGCCACAGUCAAAUGACUGAAACAAGUAAAAGAAAAGAAAGAAUAUCAGUGUUAUGAAUUGUAGCAUGCAAGUAUCAUCAUCAUUAUUUUAAUGUCCAUUAUUCAAUGGUAUGCAUCUAGAGCAAUUGAUGUUUCGAUCCUAUUAACCCACCAGAAUGCCCCUACAUCCUUUUCAUUCCAUUUUAAUUUUACCUACUUCCAAGGUGGCUAUGAGAUAUUGUGGCAUUUUAAUUAGCACUCUGGUUAUUGCUUUGUCUUUAGACUAAAUCAUUCCAGGUUUUGAAUUUUUUUUUAGCAUUCUUGACACAUUUUGUUAUUGCUGCUUCCAAAAGCAACUGUUUGGAAUUCUUGUAUUAUAGAAUCAAGAACUAUGAUGAGCAGAAGGGAAAUAAGGAAAGAAAUGCUGUGGGCAUCUAACUACAUGAAUAAUUUACUGCUAAUCCUAACUUUGCCUUAAAGCAUCUUCAUACUUGGGUUGAAUGGCUUUUGAAGGUCACUCAUCUACAUCUUAUUUUUGCAGUACACACCAAACUAUAUUGUGUGUGAUUCUAUCAAAAAGUAUUCUGAUUGAUAAAUGCUUGAUGGUUUAUGCUUAACUAAUACCUCUUGUCAUUGUCUUGCAGUAGUAUAGUAUUUAUGGUUCUACAUCUAGACACAAAUACAAACUAAAUCCAAACUUUCUCCUGUACUGACUUACUAAAAAAUUUUGUCAGCUGUUUUCUAGACUUUGUCGUCAUACAGAGAUAUCUACCAUUGUUCAAUCCCAGCACAUCUUACUUCAUCUUUGUUGCCAUUAAUGAUAAUACAGCUACACCAGUCUUCCUUCAUCAUUUAAUUAAUUAAUUGUCUAGUGUAGUAGGUACAUUUCUUAGUUAUUAUCUAUGAUGGGCCUGUCCACAAUGUAAAAGGUAUUAUGCAUUCAACACUAAUUAAUCUGAUUUUGUCAUUGGAUUGUGUCAGUGUCAACAGUUUUGUUAGCUCCCGUAUUUCAGCUGGCUAGAGCAAUCAUAUAUUUGUGAAAUGUGUGUUUAGUUAUCUGAAAGUAUGUCCAAUGAAAAUUAAAAUUUUUGAACAUAAAAUACUGUAUUUAAUCUUUAUGGAGAAUGGGGUCAGGUGCAAAUCAUAAAAGUAUGUGAUGUUCAACACUUAUUUUUUCUAUUAACCUUUCUGUUGUAGCCUUAGCCUCUCUUCUACACUGAUGAACUUUUAAUGCAAGCUUUUAAAAGUAACAUUUUAACUCUGACUGUACAAUUCCAUUCACCCAUGCUAAUUUGUGUCUUUGUCCAAAAGUAUUUCUAUUGUCUGCCAUGUUACUGGCAAUGGAUAGAAAAUGAAAUCUGACAAUAAAAAGUUGAGCUCCUGACAUGAUAUAUAUUGAGUGGACCAAGAGUCACAAAUUCUGACUACAUAUUGCAAUCUGUGGACAUAUUUUUAUAUUUUGUGACUCUUGGCUCAUUCUACAUAUGAUUAUGGAGUUCAGGUUAUAACCAUUAUUUUCAUUUUUAAUCUUGAUUUUUUUUCAGCCCUUCUUUACAAUGUAGUUUCAAAAUUUAUCAGUUGUUUUUGUGCUGCUAAGGGCUUAUCACUUAAAAUUGCAGCAUUAUCACUGGAGGCUAAUUCAAGUAGUUUUUCAACAGUAAAUCUGGGUAGUCUUCUCUUGAUUGUAUCUAUAUUCUUGCAGAAAUAUACAGAUUACAUAAUCCAUAAUAAUUAUGAAGAUGUAUAACGCAAGCUUGUCUUCCCCAAAGUUGUCUCAUUACAGUUACCAGGAGGAUUAUGAACAAAAGCAUAAAUAUCUGUGUACAAGAACAUAAUUGCAUUAAUAAAUAAAUUUGGCAUUUUAUUGAAACUUGGUAUAUCUUCAACUUUUCCUCUGUUUAUACAGUUCAACAAUGUUAGAAGAGUCCUCAGAAGUUUUCACAAAACUGUUUUCUUAACUGCUUGGCUGUCGUGCAUAUUCUUGAUGGUAGUAUUUGUUUAGUAGCAUUUCUCUUCAGACUUAUCAUCAUUGUCGUUAUUUUAAUAUCUACUUUACUGCACUUGCAUGGCUUGGAAGGCAGUAAUUGAAGCAGAUUUUCUACAGCCAGAUGCCUUUCCUAUCACCAACUCUCAUCUGUUUCUAAGCAAGGUAAUAUUUACUUGUGGCCAGACAUAUUUUCACAAAAUAUCGGAAUUGAAUGACACUGGUUGUGUGACAGCAACAUUUACAACUAUUACAUUAGGUCAGCAUGAGACACAAACACACACACACUUGCACAUGUGAUUGCUUUAUUUUAUCCAUCUACCAAAUCCAUUCACAAGGCUUUGGUCAGCCCAGGACUAUUGUAGAAGACACCUACCCAAAGAUUGAUGAAGUGGAAAUGAACACAAAAUCAUGUGGUUCAGAAGUAAACUUCUUAACUACACAGCACCUGUAAACUUAAAAUUAUUUUCUUUAUUCUUCUUAGUCUUGUGAAUAGCACUCAAUUAAAGGGUAAUACAGCAGUACAUGUGCGAUAAGUUGGCUUGUCAUCUACAAUGACUAUGGAACUCAUAAUUGGUACAAGUAGCACAGGGAAAUAAGUUGCAGCUCAUCUGAUAGAACUUUGACUGAUCUAGUAGCUUUUCAUCAAAUAGUUGCAUUUGCUGCUGUUUUGAUUUCUCUUUAUCAACAGAUUCAGUGCAUAUUUAAGGUUCAUUAGUUAAAUCAUAAAUUGAUUCCAAGUCACUGGUAGAUUUUUCUGCCAAAUCUUAAUUCACCAUUGAUUUUCCUGUUUUAUGGUGAUGUAUGGUUUCACUGGGUAAUUUGUCCAAUGUUUGUUUCUUUUCUUUGUCAUUCAUAAGGUUGUUUGGAGGUCAUGUUCUAACUCAAUACAUUGAGCAGAAGAGAACAGUUCUGAUCUGUGUUAAAUGUUUUUUGAUGAAAUUAUUUCAAGAUUGCAAAUCAUAAUCCUGGCAGUUUAUAUAUAUAUAUACAUAUAUAUACAGGAUGUUGGACAAAAUAAUUAAAAUUACUUUGUUAAAUGGAAGUUUUAUUAUUUAAUAUGGAGUUGUUCCUCCCUGAUGUAUUAUUCAAGGAAUUGACUCAUGUAGGUCAUACAGGUUCUGAAUAGUUGGGAGAAUUUUGAGCCAUUCUUGUAAAACCUGCUUUAACUCUUUCAGUGAUGAAGGAAGAGGUUCCUCACCUGCUACUACAAAAUGCACAAUAAAUGUUUGAUUACAUUGAGAUCCAGUGAUUAUUGCAAAGGCCAUUCCAAGUGGCCUGCUUCACUUUUGUGCUCUUUGUACCAAUUUCGAAUAACAUUAACCAUAUGAAUCUGCACAUUAUUGUCUUGCAAGAUUACUCUACCACCAGGAAACAAUGUUUGUACCAUGGGAUGGAUAUGAUUGACCAAAAUAUGCAGAUAAUUAUUUUAUGUUAACUCUGCCAUGUAGAACAGUUGAUGGGCCAAGAGAUUUCUAUGACAUGACUGCUGAAAUCAUCACAGAUCUACCUCCAUGCUUCAUAGUUGUGUUGAAGGCUUCUUUGGGCUAUCUCUCUAUAUAAAUUCACCCUGAAGUAGGGAAAUAGUAAAUGAAGAUUCAUCAGAGACAACAUUGACUACUACUUGGACACUAUAUUUUCUGCAUAUUGUUGUUGAUGGGGAAGAGGAGAGGUAUAGCAAUUCAGCAGUUUUAGUGAUUGAUACUUUUUCUGUCUGCACUCCAACAAUUUGUUCUUUUUGGAAAUCAGUUAGUCAUGCAUUUUAACUUUAAGUAUAAAUAUCUGCAAAGAAAAACGGGGCUAUAAUCAUGAAGUACAAAUACACAUAUACCAACUAGAAUAACUUUGAAUUUGUCAUGUUGCCAAUAAAAAAAUAAAUGUGGUUUCUUUUACUUUGUCCAACCCCUGUAUGUGUGUGUGUAUAUAUCUAUAUACCCAGUACACUCUAUAUAGUGGUUGGUAUUAGGAAGGGUUUUCACUAUAGAAACCAGACACUGUAGCAAGACAGUUUUUCUGACCUGUUUGAUCCUGACAAACUGUCAACCUGUACCAGCAUGGAAGAUGGACCCUAAAAGAUGAUUGUAUAGACUGAACUAUGAAAAAAACACAAGGUGUGUGUGACUGUGAAAUAUGUUUUAAUUUCAUUAUGUCAUAGAUAAAUUUUGAUAAAUCUGAUAAAGUAAAUUUCUUGGAUGCACUUUGACCACAGUCUGUGGGUUGUUCUGUGUCCUGGUAGUGAGCAAAUCCAGCACAUUGAGAUUGCAGGGCAUGACAUGUUCAAUAUUAUACAUGCCCUCUCUAUGUGUUCAAAACGGCCAUGCACCAUCAGCUCAUGGAGUGCAUGAGGCAGUUCACAAAAGCCAUUAGCACCUGUGCCCACACUCUGAGGAAAGCUGCCUCCAUUUCCACAUGAGUUGUUGGCCUUGGGACCACCUGGUUCAGCCAUCUCUGGAUUUCAUGCCACAGGUGUCCAAUUGGAUUUAAAUCCAGGCUGAGAGCAUGGUUCUGAUGUUGUACUGAUGCAGGAAGUACCUGGUGAUCCUGGCCAUGUGUGGAGAGAUCAUUGUCCUACUGGAACAUGUGGCGGUGGUAACACGAAGAAGGGCACAAUGUGAGGUCUUAGGAUCUGGUCAACAUAGCACUGCACUGUGAUGCAAUUCCCUCUGCCUUCACCAACAUUUUGGAACACAUGGGGCCCAAUUGUUUGAUUGAGGCCUAUAGCACCUUUAACCACGAUGCUUUGGCCACCCCACAUGUCUCAGUGCCCAAUUGACCGACGCUCAGUCUGCCCCUGCUCUCCAGUGUUUAAACAAUUUCUUCAUUAUCCCACUAACUUAAAUCUCAAUCACUUUACGUUUAUGCUAUGUGUCUUUUCGUAAACCUAAUUUAUAUAUCUUAUAAUAUUGCAAAUCACAAGUUUUCCAAAAAUAUUAUUUGAUGGAAUGACUUAUUAGCAUCAUCAUCAUUACCAUUUAACGUCCAUGUUCUCUGCUAGAAUGAGUUGAGCUGUUUGACAAGAUCUGAUGAGCCCAAGGACUACAUCAUGUCCCAUUGUCUGUUUCUACAACUCGAUGCCCUUUCUAAUACCAACAACCACUUUACGGUGUGUACAUGGUGCUUUUUUCAUGCCAUCAGCACAAGUGAGGUCACCAUGCAGCUUGCAAGACUAUGAAACUUAUGCUAAGGGAAUAAGGAGAAGGGUAAGUAUGAGAGAAAGUGGCAAGAGCAAAGCAAGUUCUUUACUGAAGAGUAGCUACAUGACUACUCAUCUUUUAGAGAGAAAAGGGUGAAGCUUGAAAUUUGUGAUAAGGUAUCAGAGUGGAUCUUCAAAGUACAAAGUGGGUAGGAAUGAGUAGGAUAGGAGUGCAAGCAGUGAUAGGAAGAGUAGGGGAUGUCCAGUGAGUGGGAGUAGAAUAAAAAUGAUGAUACAGUAAACAGGGAGAUGAAAUAAAGCUGACAUGCUGUUAGGUAGGUUGCAGGGGUGAAUGGGAACAAUUCAGAGGCAGGCGCACUGUAUGAGGAAAGUGGGAAUGAGGGGAAAUAAUAUGGUAGCACAGUGCAGGGGAGAGUGGUGUGUGAAAGUAUAGGUGGAGAUCAGAAUGGAUGAACAAGGGAUAACAAGUGGAGUGAUUUGGGGUAGUAAGAAAAGUGGUAUCAAGGAAGAACUGCAGGUAAGGGAGGUGAUGGGUGUCUUAAGAAGGAAGAGAAUUGGGUAGAAGGCUCAAUUGUGCAUAUAUAUGUGUAUAUGUAUGUAUGUAUACUGGGUGUUUCAAAAAGUUUGAUAUCAUUUUGCAAUCUAAUAACUUUGUCAGUUCUUGUUCAAAUGACUUCAAAUUUUGACAACAAAUGUAGAAGAUGGUCAAACUUUUAUGCUUAAUGUUUGAUAUGUUUAUCUUUUCAGGUAUAGAAAUGGCAUUCACUGGAAGAGAAAAGCGUUUUGUGUGUUAGAGUAUGCUCAAACACAGUCGAAGGAGAUUGUGCUGUGUGCAUUUGUGAGAGAGUUCUCUAAAAAGUCACCAACAGCAAUGCAGAUUUGGACAUGGCACAAAAAAUUCAAAGAGGCCAACAGGAUCUAGCUGACCACUAACAUCAGAAGAGAUGGUCGAACAGGUUCGCCAUAAACUCUUGUGUAGCCCCCAAGAAGUCCAAAAGAAGAACAAGUCCGGAAACCCAGAUUCCUCCAAUGACAGUUUGGCACAUCUUGAAGAAAUGCUUGCUAAUGAAACCCUACAAGCUGCAGCUCAUUCAGGCCAUAAUGGCAGAUGGCAAGUGAAAGUGCAAACAAUCCUGUUUUGAUAUGCAAGAAACACUUGAAGCCAAGUUCAAGGAACAUUUUGUUUUCAGUGAUGUGUCACAUUUCAUAUGAAUGGCAAAGUCAAUAAGCAUAAUGUUCGCAUUUGGGGUGAAGAAAAUUCCCAUGACAGUUGAGCACGAGAGGGACUAGUAGCACCCUCUCAGUUAAUUAAAUAAUAAAAUUUAAAAAAGGGAUGUAGCUUGAGUGACCUUCCAUUGAAUGUUCUGGAACAUUCCAUGACUUUCCAGAUGACAUGGAAGUGAAGGACUUCUGCUCCACAUAUAAAACGAAAAAACGAAAGUUAAUCUUGCCUUUUUGCAUUUGAGCUUUGGAUGAGAACCAUUGAGCGUAUGUAGGUUGUUCUUACAACUGUCUUGCGGUUAUAAGAUAUAUUGUUUUUAUUCCAAGUUAUUCUUAUAUACUAUGUUGCAUACACAACAUUGAGAAACUGUUAUUUGUAAAGUUGCAAGCACACACCACAAUGAAUAAAACCAUUAUUGUUCCUGUUUAA